UGGUAGAACAUGUGGGGAGGGCCACUCUAAAUCGGAUAAGUCUGUUCAGAGGAGGCCGGGUUUACAGAAAUCCGAGAAAAGAGGGAAGCUAGGGAAUGAGCUUUCUAGGUGGAGAAAAGAACCAACGGGAAGGGAUCUGAGGCAGGAAAUGGCGAAAAGGCCAUGUGCUUGGUGUAGAAAGGAAUGAACCAGAGCCAGAGUGGUCUGUGAUGGAGAAGUGGCAGGGCCUGAACAAGCAUAGCCUUUUAGCUCAAGGUGAGGGUUUGGCUGUUUUUUUAAAUGGAGGGUUUUAAGAAGGAGUGACCAGAUCUGAUUUACAUUUUUAGAAUAUCAUUCUUGGCCACUGGAUAGAGAAGGGUAGACAUAGUCAGACCUGCUAGGAGGCUGUUGCAGUAGGGCCAAGGGGGAGGUGACAGUAGUGUUGUAUUCACGGUGGAAAUGGAGAGAAUUAAAUUUGGAAUGUACUCUGAAAGUCGAGCUUGCAGGACUUGCUGCCAAAUUGGAUGUGAAGUGUAUGGGAAAGGAAGGAACCAAGGAUGACUCCGCAGAGAAAAUAGUUUGGAAGGCACUACUAUUCUUUUGAACAUACUAGUUUUGGUGCCCAGUGCCAGUGGCCACCCUGUUGGACAGCGAAGACACAGAAUAUUUCCAUCAUUGACGAACAUUCUGUUGGUCAUUGUCGGACUGGAGGAACUCGAAGAUGACAACGGCAACACGACAAGAAGUUCUUGGCCUCUACCGCAGAAUUUUCAGGCUUGUGAGGAAAUGGCAGGCUGCAUCAGGGCAGAUGGAAGACACCAUUAAAGAAAAACAGUACAUAUUAAAUGAAGCUAGAACACUGUUUCAGAAAAACAAAAAUGUCUCAGUCCAGCGGCUUACAGACACAAACCUGAUUAAACAGUGUAUAGAUGAGUGCACAGCCAGGAUUGAAAUUGGACUACAUUACCAGAUUCCUUAUCCAAGGCCAAUUCAUCUACCUCCUAUGGGCCUUACCCCACUACGAGGCCGGGGACUUCGAAGCCAGGAGAAAUUGAGGAAAUUUUCCAAACCAAUAUAUCUCAAGUCUCAUGAUGAGGUUUCCUAACUCAGAAAAAAAGGUUUUUUCUGAGAAUGAUGGGCCAACUAAGCCUUAAAUGUAAACCAGACAACAAAGCUCUUCUUGAUUAGCAGCAAAAAUCCAAAUAUCUUCUUA